GUGAAGUGCGGGCCUGGUGCGCCGGCUCGCGCGGCGGCGGUCAUGAGCCUUGGAGGUGGCAGCCGGAUGCUCGCCGGUCGGAGGUCGGCAGGUGAGAGUCGCGGCCGGCAGAACCGACAGCUGCUCAACAUGAGCGUCGACAACGACCGGUGUCGGGAUCGCAUCCUCUCCAUGCAGGACGAGCUACAGAGGUCGGAAGGGCGACUGCGAGCCACCGAGCUGGCACGUGCCGAGGCCGACAAAAAGCUGGCGGACGCGAACGCCCUGCUGAGCUCGCACGAGACGGAGCGGCAGCAGUGGCUGGGCCAGAUCCAGCAGCUGACGGCGCAGCUGGAGCGACUGCAAGCAGCGCCGCCGCCGACAGAGCCGGGGUCGCCGAGUCGUGCUGACCUGGAGGUCAAGGUCAGGGCGUUGGAGGCGGAGCAGACCGAGCGGGAGCGCCGCUCGGAGCGCUGGCUGGAUGACAUGGCUUACCAGAUCGUGCAGGCGCUCUUCAAACAGAAGAUGCUGCAAAACGGCUUGGCGUACCUGCGUCGGCGCGUGCGUGAGCUGGAGCAUGAGAACGCUGUGCUGUACUCGAUGCUCGGCCGCGCGCCUGGGGGCGCGCCGGCGUCCCCGGCCGCCCACCCGACGACACCGACGGCACCUUCAGGCGUCGGCUCAGCUGACGACGGUCAGCUGACGAUGAUGUGUGCGAAGGUGCGGCGCGUUCUCGAAGAGCACUACAGUGCGUCGACGAGCUCGCAGGCUGCGCCAGUGUCCAGCCCGCCGCACUGGUCUCAGUUCGACUCGCUCCUCACAGAUGGCGAUAUACCCGCCGCUUGCCUCGCCUGUGCUAGUCACACUUGUGAUAGUGGCUGCCGGCUGCAGCAGCCUCUCUGGACAGCCGAUCGGACUCCCGCACUGCAUGCCGCGGCGACCGGAACAAGCUGCAGUUCUGUGGGCGGCCACCAGAGUGCGCCGUUGGCGGGCGGUGCCGACAGUGGGAUUAUGCGUCGCCUCUGUGAGGUGGCGGACUCAGCGAGCGCCGCUCAGCGCAGCCUCAGCAGGCUCGGGUCGGAACAGUGCACAGUGCCGCGGGUGUACCAGGCCAAACCUGAAAGGGUGGCGACGUCCCACUUGUCGAGCGCCUUGACCGACUCUGAAAAAUGCGCCACUCUAGGCGUGCUGCCGCUGGAGCCGGACCUUCCGCCGGUGCCGUCCAACCUGUUUCCACUGCCGGGUGUGGUCUUCUCCAAGGCGUCGGCCGAGCAGCAGCCGCCGCCAGCGUUGCCGGCGGCGGCUGCGCGAGCCAGCUCUUGUCCCCCGAGCGCCGGCAGUCCGGCGGCGCGCGACGACUCGCGGCGCGAGGAGGGGCGCGACGAGGGCUACUCCACCAUGUCGAGCGACGUGCAGGCGAAUGUGUCGGCCGACUCGGGCGUGUCGACGGCCAGCACCGAGCCGCCGGCCGACCCCGAACCGGGCACGGCGCGCCGGCCGCGCUUGGAGGACGUGCGUGAGGUGCAAGAGGAGGAGGGGCGCACCUCCUGCCUGGAACAGGAGCGCCCCGCCUCGGCCAGCUCCAGCGACAGCGAGGACAUGCGGUGUCUGGUGGAAGCGCUGCGCCAGUCGCUGCGGCCGGGCCGGCGCCCGGCGCUGCUGACCGACCGCCGGCUGGGACCGGACGUGCUGUACCUGCCGCUGGCCGGCCCGCGCUGGGCGCCCGAGCCGGCGGCGCCGCCCUGGGACGGCGGGGCGCCCGAGCGCUCCUCGUCGACGCUCGAGAUCGGUGCCACCUCGACGCUGGACACGCGCCGCACGGCGUCGCUGCGCCUGGAGGCGGCCGAGCUGGAGGACUGGAGCCUGCACCUGUCCGCCGAGGAGCUGCGCUCGGAGGUCACCGAUGAGACAGGCGGCAGCGAGCGGCUGGCCGACAGCAGCGACUACAGCCGGGUCGGCUCCUUCCCCAACAUCCAGGAGGCCAUUCUGGAGCUGGAGGAGGACGCCAGCGAGUGCCUGUGGAACAACGCCAGCUACAUGUGCCAGCAGCCGGUGGCGCUGCCCGCCUGGCCGUACGGUAAUGUUCCGGAUCACCUGUCACUGCCGUCGCCCUCAGGCGACCCCAGGAUCAGCUGGUCCAGCUCCGAACAGCUCAACUUCAUUGACGUCAAGGACACGAUUCUAGACUUCAACGACAAGAACGACAUAAAAAGCACCGAAUGUUAUGGCACGUUUGAGGCGUUGAAUGGCAGGCUGGACGCAAACCGCAACUCAAACGGCAGCGACGCCAUGUCGUGCGUCAGCGUCGUCUCGGAGGACGAGCGGGCCGAGAGCUUAGAGACAGACUUCACCCGCGACUUUUACCGCCUCGUCAAGUACGAGAGCUCCAAGAGUCUGGCGCUGUCGGAGGCCUCGGCGAAGGGAGACGACGAGCCGGCGGCGUCCUCGGCCGACCGGGAGAUGGCACUGACGUCCAUGCUGAGCUUUAUCACCGAGCAGCAGCGCUACAUCGAGGAGCGUGAGAGUCAGGACGCGGCGCAGGCCACGGCGCACGAGCCCAAUACCAGCACCGACUCGGACUCAACCUCGUGCGCCGGCAUGGACCGCUCCUCCUCGUCGCGGCCGUGCGCCGACCGGGGCGUCCUCGACGCGUCGAUCGAGCUGGCGAAGCUGGCGCAGCGGUGCAGCGCCGAGCGGGACACGGUGCCCGCUUCGGGGUCUGAGCCGAAGUCUGGCGAUGAUGUGGCGAGCGGCGCGCCCGCCGUGAUUGUGUACCGCGCCGAGAUCUCCACCAACCACAAGGAGUACACGCCGCCUUGUCGGCGCGGCUAA